UUCUCUAUGCUCUAGUUCUUCUUCUCCAUCUCCAAGUCCAACGAAUUUCUGAGUCCUCAGCAAAAGGAAGACAAUUUUCGUUUUAAUUUGUGAAAUUAGUUAUUAAGUCAAGCAAACAAUAGUUUCUUCUUUUAUAGACAUAUCUCCUUUACAACGUCGGUGAAAGUGCCGUCAGAAUUAAGUUUAGAUCCCCUUGCUGGUCCUUACUGUUAUUCCUUUUCGACUUCUUUAAUGGCUCAAAACAUCAACCCCUCAGUCUCCUCGCACAUAAAUUCUCCAACGGAAAGUAAAACAAGUGAGGGAACUCAGCACAUCUCACAAGAUAAUCAUGCAGUUACCAAAAGACUUCAAAAAGAGCUGAUGGUUCUCAUGAUGAGUGGAGAGAAAGGUGUAUCAGCUUUUCCAGAAGGUGAAAACCUUUUCAAAUGGGUAGCAACCGUUACUGGCCCAGACUCAACUGUCUACGAGGGUCUGACGUACAAAUUAGCUUUGGAAUUCGGUAGCGGUUAUCCUUAUUCGGCCCCUGUUGUGAAAUUUAAAACGCCUUGUUUUCAUCCAAACGUGGACACAUGUGGUAACAUCUGUUUAGAUAUCCUUAAGGAAAAGUGGUCAGCUCUGUAUGACAUUCGGACAAUACUUCUUUCGAUACAGUCACUGCUGGGAGAACCAAACAAUGAGAGUCCGCUGAAUAUCCAGGCAGCAGACCUAUGGCCGAAUCAAGUAAAAUUCAAAAAGUAUUUACUGGAACAUUACAACUCCCACAGCAAAAAUUAGCCAAUUUAAAUUAAUUGUAACAUAAGUUUAAGUGAAAAUUUAUAUUUUAUGAGUUUGUCAGCGGUUGGCAAUGAGUCAAUGUGUGAUUUGUUUGAAUUUUUGUUUUUUAAAUUUAUGCUCUGUCCAUUGCAAUCGUCCCCAAUUAUUGUACAUUAUCGUAAUCAUGUCUUUUUCCAGUGUUCCGCAGAAACUCUUGCAUGUCUUUAAUGUGUGGAUGCAUUUACAUGAAAGGAAUUUGUCGCCAGAAUCGAACAUAGACAUAUUUCUUUGAUGCCAAUGCAUCUAUUUUGAAUGAUCCGUAAUCCGGAAUUAUGUGUCUCAAAUCUUUUUUUAAGUACAAUUUUGUCAUAAUCUUUUUGCUUUUUGCCUUUUCUAUGAAUUUAAUUUCAAUACAUUUAGAGGCAUUGACUUGUCAGUGCAUAAUACACUGUUUCCUCAUCAGUUUUAAAUCUGUUAACAUGAUGUUUUUCCUCUAAACUAUUACCAAUACACUAGCUACUUUUCCCAACCUUA